CUCUUUGGCUCACCUGAGCCCAGAAUCGCCACAUUCGAAAGAAAGAAAAAUCAAAGUUUGACAAAAACAUUAUCGAACUCAGGAAAAAAAAGAAAAGAAAAGAGGGAAAAAGAAAGAGAAAAUGGUUUCGGACUCGGAGCUCGUCGAAAGGCUGCGGGAAUUUCUUCAAACGUCGGACCUGAACACGACCACCACCGCUAUUGUCCGCCGUAAACUCGAAGAAGACUUUGGAGUGGAUUUAUCAGACAAGAAGGCGUUCAUAAGAGAGCAAGUCGACCUUUUUCUUCAAAGCCAGUUCGAGAAGGCCGAAGAAGAGCAAGAAGACGACGAAGAAGAAGGUAAGCACAAAACAAAUUCGGAAGACAACAAUGGCUCCGAUUCUGAAGAAGAUGAGGACGGGGAUGAAGAGGAAGAAGAGGGAAGCAACGGGAGGGGCAGACGGAAAAGAUCGUCAAACAAGCUGAACAAAGAUGUCAGAAAAAGAGGUGGAUUCACCAAAUUAUGUAAACUUUCUCCUCUUCUUCAAAAAUUUGUUGGAGUGCCUGAAAUGGCCAGAACUGAGGUUGUCAAGCAGCUGUGGGCAUAUAUUCGGGAGAACAAUUUGCAAGAUCCAAACAACAAAAGAAAUAUAAUAUGUGAUGAAACAUUGCGCUCCCUUUUUCGUGUUGAUUCCAUCAACAUGUUUCAAAUGAAUAAAGCUCUAUCGAAGCAUAUUUGGCCAUUGGAUACAGAAGAUGCUCCAGUCAAGUCAACACAAAAGGAAAAACAACAAAAACAAGAGAGGAAAGAAGAUCCAAAUGAGCCAAAACAGAAAGAGAAACGACAGAAGGGAGGCAAUUCUGGCUUUCUUGCUCCCCUUCCACUUUCAGAUGCUUUGGUUAAGUUCCUUGGUACGGGUGAGAGUUCACUAUCACGGGCUGGUGUUGUAAAGAGAAUGUGGGAAUACAUAAAACAAAACAACUUGCAGGAUCCAUCUGAUAAGAGGAGAAUAAUAUGUGAUGAGAAGCUGAAGGAACUCUUUGAGGUUGACUCUUUCCAUGGCUUCACUGUUCCAAAGCUACUGGCAACUCAUUUCAUCAAGACAGAACAGUGAGUUGAUCCUGGUUUUUUACGUUAAAUCCAAGGGAUGGGCAAUUUUGCUUCUGAAUGUAACUUUGGAUUCUAACUGUUGCUCUGUUGUCAUCUAUAAGCUAUCCUUUUUCACAGUUAUGGAAAAAGAGCAAUAGAAAAUUGAAAAAGAAAUCAGUGGUUUCUCUAGCCUUUUCAAUGACAUUCUUAUAUGUGGUUUCACAUUUGGAAUGCUAUAUCCAGAUUUCACAAGAUGUCAUUGUCUGAAGUUGUUGAUUUUCUUAAAAAAUGGAAAAUGGAGUCUUAAAUGAUCCAGCUUCUCCAUACGUCCAAUAUCCCAUAUAAUUACAGAUGGACCUCAAAGUGGAAAUUUAUUCUUGAAUCACAAGAAAGCAAGUCAGCUAAUGCAUAGGAGUCAUGUGGGAUCCAAGAGGUCAGAGACAAUAUAAACCUUUGUCUGAUUCUUUAACUAGGGAUUUAUAACUGAUAUGGAUAUCAUGUAGCUUUUUAAUUUUCUUACACAUCGUAAUGUGAUAUACAAUUUCCCUU